CUGAUGCAGAGGAGAGGAGGUGAGAGAGGAACAACACAACUCACUGCUGCGCAACUAUACUUUCACCUGCUGCAACAUCACGUAACAGUCCAAAGCUGCCGCUCUUUCAUUUUUGCACGAGAACAUUUGUAUCUUUUUUUCAACGCAUUUUGCUACGUUUAAGUGAUGCUGCUGUGGAAAUGCCUCGCAUUUCUGUGGUUUAGUUGAUGUGUGUGGGCAGAGGAGACGAUCUUCCGAUCUGGGACUGAACUGAGCGGAACUGAAUCCAUUAAGCCGAUCACACAGAGGAUGGACAUACAUGGGAGAAUAACACUACAGCGCAUCUUUGACUUGUUUAAUUAGUUUAGACUAGAAAAACAACAACAACGACUACAUAGAUAUCUUUAAUUCGAGCUAUUAACCGUAUGAAUAAAUUAAAACGGGUAAUUUUGAGUUGAAGAAAUUGUAAAUAAUGGGAAACUAACGCCGUCCGACUACUUUGAUAACAUUUUGUAAGCCCCAACAGGAGUUUUUCUUUCAAAGACAAUAACAACGUUGGAUUUCCACAAUGGCAGUAAACACAGAUACGGAGUUUGGUAAAUCAAAUCUGGGGGAGAGUGGCGGCACGCAACCAGCCGAGACGGAGAAACUGCUCGUGACCACCGAGCCCACCGGGGUGAAGACCUCUAGCUCCUUCACCGUCAGUGUCGGGGGCGACAAGACUCUCGACGGGGACCAGAAUGGCCACAGUCUGCCGCUGAGGUCCGGUUCGGCGGGGCAUCUCGGCGCGGCUCCUCUCUCUCCGUCUAGAGUGAGCCUCAGCCGCACUUCAUCCACCGGUAAUGCCGUCCAAGAGCAGCAAAAACCCAAAGACUACCUCAUACUGGUCAUUUUUUCCUGCUUUUGUCCCGUGUGGCCAAUAAGCAUCGUUGCACUGGUCUAUUCAAUUAUGUCCAGAAACAGUCUACAGCAGGGGGAUAUGGAUGGGGCAAGACGUUUGGGACGUUUGGCUCGUCUGCUUAGCUGUGUGGCCAUCAUCGUGGGCCUCCUGAGCAUCAUAAUAUAUGUGGUGGUUGCAGUAACCGGAAAGGGGACAAAGUAAAGAUGACUACUACUACUACUACUACUACUGCAAAAAAACCCACAGAUGAUGUAAUUAAAACAAGAUCUCCCUCUUAUCAAUAACGCCACAGAAGAUGAAAAAGAAACGAGGACUGUCGCGACUAAAUAAGAUCUGAUUAAGUAGCGAAAAUGCAUGCAGUAGGUUAGCAUGCUCAGUGAAAAAAUUAAAUAAAUUCAAAAUCCCAUAUGUUAAAAAGAACAGUGAUGGCUUGCAUUAUGUAAAUGAGAAAUACUGCUGUAUCGGCAAAAAAAA